UUUGACAAAAAGUUUGAUUGUUAUGGGUCCCCUAAAUCUAAACAUUAAUCUAAGUAAUGAGAAAGCCGUCUCCUAACCCCAUUAACGAUCAAAACUAGACUUUUUCACUAAGCAAUGUUUGACAAACAAGGCCACAAAUGACUCAUUUUUAUCAAAUUUCAACAUGUUUGACAAAAAGUUUGAUCGUUACAGGUCCCGUAAAUCUAAACAUUAAUCUGAGUAAUAAGAGAGCCGUCUCCUAACCCCAUUAACUAUCAAAACUUGGCCUUUUCACUAAGCAAUGUUUGACAAACAAGGCCACAAAUGACUCAUUUUUAUCAAAUUUCAACAUGACAAAAAGUUUUAAUUUGUUACAGGUCCUCUAAAUCUAAACAUUAAUCUAAGUAAUAAGUAUGUCUAUAACUUUAUCCAUCAAAUAUACUAUGCACAAAAAUUAAGGGAGCAGAAAAAAAAUACAAAUUUUUGGGGGAUUUUCAACAGGCUGUAACUUAUACAAAAAUGGUCGUACAGCAAAAAAAAAAAAGCAAAUUGUAGCUCUAAGUGUUUAGUUUUUGGAUCUGAGUUUGAAAAUUUUUUUUUGAAAAUAUUUUUCGAGUAAUCAUAAGAAAACCACCGAAAAAAAAUUUUCGAAAUUUUUUUGGGUUUUUUUUUAAUCUACGGAUGUGGAAAAAUUUUUUCGACUCAACCUCCAUAUGGACCGGAUAGCUUGUUUAUUCAGAUUUAAUUUCGUUUUUUUUAAAUCUCGAUACGAGCAUUUCUCGCUGAGAUAUCGAUGUUUGAAUGGAAUAUUUUGUAUAAGUUACAGCCUGUUGAAAAUCCCCCAAAAAUUUGUAUUUUUUUUCUGCUCCCUUAAUUUUUGUGCAUAGUAUAUAUACAACUGAAUUGAAAAUGAGGUUUGGCAGCAUAAAUUAGCAUAGUUGCAGUACUUUCACAGGCAAGUGAAAUAUAGACUAAUGACUGCAACUCAUAAAUUUGUUUUACUUUACAUUUUUAUAAAAUCAUGUAUGGCAUUUUGUGUAGGUACCUGGAAAAACCACCAAGUAAUAAACAUUAAAAUUUAUUUUACAAGAAUUUAAUUAAAACAUUCAAUUAAAAACCUUGUGCCUACCUACUAACUUGUUAAGAGAUUACACAGAUCAAUAUGAAAUUGACAUAAUUGAAAAAGAAAUCAAGCAUGAGUUUUUGGUAUACACUAUUUGUCCAAUUAUUAUUUGUGGCUGUAUUAGAAAUAACAUGCUCAGAUCGAAAGAUAGUCUUGAAAAGCGCUGUUGCAAAAGUACCUGUUACACGGACAUACGCAGGUCUCCUGAACUCUUUGAUCAAAGUAAAUGAAGAUAGAGUUAAAACGUUAAAGAAACUAUACAGAUUAAAUAGCAUGCCUUAUGGUAAAGAUUCACUAAGGACUACUAUCGAGAAUAAAAUGCUUAGUUAUGAUGAAAUGCAAGAAAGAUUGAUAAUGGCUGUUAAGAAUUGUCUAAAAAAAUCAGAACUAGGACUCACCAAAUAUAAUAGACUACGUGUACUUCGUACAUCGUCAGAAACAGAUUCUAUCGAACAAAAUCAGAAGGCAGUUCGUCGAAACGCACAAAGCUCCGAUUCACAGCAACAGCCAAUCAGUCAAGAAAUGGAGAAACUAAUUUACCUUCCAAACAAUACCCACAAAUAUAUAAGAACUGCUGAAAUAGUGGACUCUACGUAUGAAGAAAUAGAAGAUAAGGUUAAGGGUCAGAAUUUAAGAGAUAAUAAAGAAAGGAAAUGUAUAGAUGCUUGUGACGAAGUGCUCGGAAAAGUAUGUGACAAACUUAACUGCAUGAAUAAGGAACGUCGUGCAUUUGAGAAGAAGUGUAUUAACGCAUGCAAGGAUCGCUUUUGAUGUAACUACUACACUUUGAUUAUUAAUAAUAAAAAGGCAAAAUUCGUGAAU